UUGUGGAGUUCCGCCGUCUUUAAAGCGCUGUACAAUCAUCUUUGAGUUUUACCAUUUGCCGUUGACCUAAGCCGCUGUGAGCUCAAAAUGGCAGAGUUCCUGGGCAUGGACGUUCGCCUCUACCUCAACAAUGGUCUCCUUGUGGAUGGUCGGGUGGCGAACAUUGACCAGCGGACGCAGCUGCUCACUCUCUUAGAUGCGAGUACGGUUAUCAAUGGGGUUCAACAGAGAUUUCCAUCCUAUCCAGUUCCAGGACAGGACAUCAAAGAUCUGCAGAUAUUACCCCUUUCGGCGCCGCCUCCUCCGGAGCCUCCUCUUCCAACACCACCUCAACCACACCAUCAUUAUUCUCCCACUCCCAACGCCGUACAUCCUUAUCCGCCACAAAUCCAGCAUUCUCUCUCAAAUCAAAGCUCCACCAUAGAGCCGCCUCGUGCAGGACAGCUCCCUCAACCGCCUCAAAGUCUCCUCCAUCCACAACACCCUUCAUAUCAACAUGUGCAGCAAGUAGAACUGCCAAAAAGACCCGAAGUCCAGCCACCCGCUACCAGGGCCUUUCCUUCCAAUUUUAUUGAUCCAGCCAUUGUCUCGUUGUCACAAGCCGCUCCUUCGCAACAAAAUCUUACGAGAAAAGCUUCUCAUGGAGUCUUAGAUACGCCGCCUACGGUGCAUAGAAGUCCCUCCCUACAGACACCACCUAGGAUUGAUAAGACUCCGUCUCAGGGUUCCUUGGAUAGACGUUCUCAAGGGCAUGCGAUAAACACCCACAAGCAAGCCCCAUUCUCACCUCCAGCAGCAGCCAUAACAGUCACCGAGAGCGAAUUUGAUGACGAGGAAGUGGAUUUCUCGGAUUUUACUGGGCUCAAUAUACAAGAUUCCCCUGCUGCUAGGGUCAAUGGACGUGCUAAGGGCACUGCGGCUCGCAAAGAUGGGAACCGCGUGCGGACUUCCGGAAAGCAACAGGGGCGUCUCCGCCAUGAGAGUCAGUCUCCAGGCACUCGCAGUCGCAAAGGUCGACGAGGGGAGACCUUUGCAGGAGAUGUGUCAAAUUUCUCGGACGACUUUGACUUCCAAGCCGGAUUGUCGCAAUUUGACAAACAUCGGGUAUUUGCAGAGAUCCGACAAGCGGAUUCCACUGCACCAGAAACGCUCCUGGUGAAUUUGAAUCGCACGCGUAAUCAGGUGCCCGGCAUGCAAAAAUUGGGAAUUCGUGACAUGGUACUAGAUUCCCUGGUGCCAAGCGGCGACGAAACUGGAAAUGAUGCGGAAGUUGAGAGUGAUAAUGACAGUGAUGGAUUGAUGAUACAGGGGGGUCUAACCGCUGAGAUGGGCAUUCUGAGAGAUGCCGCGCUGGUGGGAAGGAGAAGACUGUGCAAAACCAUCAGCGGAGUCAUCGUGCCAAGCGUAACGCCAGCGGAGAUGAUUGAAAUUGAGCGAAUCGCUGCGUCUGAAACUGGACCUAGCGAUGAACAGAUGAUCGAGAACGGCGGCCGCGGGGCGGCAAUGAUGGUGUUGCAGGCUUUGGGGGGUAACCGACGGAUCAAACCUGGCAAUCACAAUGAUGGUCCGGUCGUGGUUGUUCUCGUGGGGAAUAACAAACUCGGUGCCUUUGGACUGUGUGCUGCACGACAUCUCGCCAAUCACGAGUGCAAUGUCAUCGUUUCCGCAGUCGGCAGUGAUGCCGAACUUGUCAACGCCGUUGCUACCCAGCAGAAAAUUUAUUUGCCAACAGGGGGGAAGCUCACAAGAGGUGUUGUUGAUCUACCCCACCCGUCAUCACAGCCAGUCGACUUGAUCAUUGAUGCCUUGUUUGGGAGCUAUCAGACACUGCUGGAUUUGAGCGAGCACGAUAAGAGUCUUGUGUGCGAUUUGAUGAAGUGGGCGAACGACAAUAAGGCAAAUGUGCUCAGUCUGGAUGUGGCGAGUGGCGUGAAUGGUCUGACUGGCUUGCCAAUGUCGCCAGCACAUUAUGUAAGACCGAAGUGGACAUUAGCUCUUGGACUUCCUAAAUCAGGCCAUCUCCGUGCGUCGCGCGAGAUAACAGGCGAAUUAUUCUUGGCAGAUCUUGGAAUUCCACGGGUGGUGUUUCAAAAGGUGAACAAGAGCGUUGCAGCUGGUCGCGUCAAGUACAUCCCUCCAUUUGGGGAUAAAUUUCUGGUUGGACUCGAGGUUGUCGAUGGACCAACCAAUGCGGUAUAAUGCUGUGGUAGAGGGAAUUGUAACUCACAUAAUUUUGGCACCAAUGACUUGGCUGUAAUAACCUAACAGAGAAAUCCCUCCAUCGUUAC